CUGAAGAAACAUGGGGGAAGCGGAGAUUGUGCCAUCCGAAGAGAAACAAGCAGAAACGGCCAUAUGUACCGCCGAAGAAUCAAUAGUAUGGAGUCAAGAAGUAGAAGUGUGUCUUUUUCACGCAAUGCUGGGCCACAAACCUGUAGGAGUGAAUCGUCAUUUCCACAUGAUCUGUAUUCGUGAUAAGUUCAGUCAAAACAUCGGCAGGCAAGUGUCAUCUAAAGUCAUCUGGGAUCACCUCAGCACCAUGUAUGACAUGCAAGCGCUGCAUGAAUCAGAAAUACUCCCCUUUCCAAACUCUGAAAAGAGCUUUGUGCUGCCUGAAGAGAUCAUACAAGAUGUCAAAGAAGGUAAAGUGGGAUCUGAGGAUGAUGUGAAAGAGGAAUACAAAGAAGAGAGUGACCCUCCUGCUACCCAUGAAGAAGGUCUGGUUCCCAGUAUGGCUGGCCAGGAUUUUGCGAGGUAUGGACAGAAGAAAACGUUUCACUCUGUUCCAAAACUCCGUACAGACCAGCUCAUUACCAGAGGCCUCUUUAUACAGCCUUCAGAGACCUCUGACCAUGUGCGUCUUUCUUUCCGUCUUUCUUUUGCAAUCCUUCCUACACUUUCUCUUUUUUUUUAUGUUCAGUGCAUGGGUGGGGUGUAUCUGAAGCAUGGCAUGUUAAGGAUUUGUCUCGACAGGUUUGUUCAACAACAACAACCUAGCUAUUAAUUGCUCUUGACAUGACAGCUUUGUUAGAUUUGAGAAAUAUUAGUUAACGCGUUAUGUGGAAAGACUUAAACUUGGAUAUUUCAAGUAAUGAUUGUGUCUGUGACUUUGUUCUCUUGAUAGCAGGGAUGGGCAUUUUGGUCUUGUUGUCUACUCGAGUACUCAGACUAAGUACUAAUUGUCUCAUCGAGUACUCGAGGGCAAUGACAUGUACAUAACUGUAUUUAUAAUAACAUGUCUGACAAACGUCUUUGGCUGCUGCAUUACGUCUUGAUGUUCCAGUGUAUGGUCUAUUCAUUAUUAUAGGCUGUUAUACUAUAAUCUGUUACAAAAUGUACAAAAGAUUGCAUAAUCAAUAUAUAAUGCAUCAUAUUUUGUCAUUAUGGGCAGAUUAACUGCCCAGCACAAUGAAAGAAUGGGCACAAUGUGCGUCUGUCUCUUCUUCCUUGAGGUUACCGUAGUAAUCUUAGUAAACACACAUCCGUUUUUUUUAGUGACUGUCUGAAUAGUCUAUUUUCAAAUCACGGUUGGCUUAACAGGAGAUGCCGUAACAUCACGUUUUUAAUAUGUGUGUUAAGUUGAGGUUCAGUCGGUGCAUUCUGUUCCAUUUCGCUGAGGUCUGUCUAGCUGUUUGAAACACUCGCUUUCUGUAUAUGCAUUGCUUCAGCGCGUUGAGUCCACUGCCACACGUCUGGUGUGUGUGUGUCUCCCCAAGUGUUCGCUCCUCUGGGGAAAGCUGCGAUGCUCCGUGUGGUUGUUGCUGUGAUGAUUCAUUAAGCAUUCCAUUCAACUCGGAGAGUCGGAAUUUCCACCUUUCAACUGGGGAAAGUGCAACGAAAUGACACUAAAUCAGACUUCAAAUUUGUAAAUUUGUGCGGAAAUCCUCAACUCCUAUUUCGUUGAGAUGCAGGUGUUAUGUCAUGCAAACAUUUCGGCACCCAGGGCAUGGAGGUUUACACUCUGUGUCAAACAUUUACUUUUAUUAAAUAAUAUCAAUUAACUAGUCAAAGUUCUUAUGUUAAAUGAUAAUAAAACAUGUUUAGCAAACCUUUUGCAGAGACAGGUGUUCAAAACACGGUUAAUGACACUUUUGAAUAUCGUAACAUAUCGAUAGUAUUGCUGCGUCGUAUAGCAGUUGGGUUGCUAUGAGAUGUCUCUGAAAAUCAAUGUACCCCUCAAAACCACAACGUAAUCAAUCU